UACUGCAACAAUUGCAACAGCCAAAGUUAUGUUUGGAACAGUGGGUGCUAUCAAUGAACUGAGAGAAAAGGAACAGGCUGAGAAGAAUAGCACUGCACGAGCUGGUCGACGACAAUGAUUUUCAGGAGUGGCUUAUUUACAGAUAUUCUUCUAGUUUUAAUAGUAUCAAUCACAUGCGUACAAACCAAAGAGAUAAAAAAUUCAUCCGAUUUUCAAGAAAUUUCCGCAACAAAUCACACAUCCACAGUAAAUUCAUCCUCAUCGGAUUCCAAUUUCAACAACAAUCAUGCACUCGACAAUCACACUUGGUCACAUCCAUUUACUGACAUUUCCUCUACGAUAGACACAACAAAUAUCAGCAUUGAUAUUGACAGCAAACAAAUUUCGUCACAUAAAAAUGCCAGUAGCGAUGCACAACUUCCACAUUCAAAAUAUUUCAUAAAUAAUCGUGAUCAAAUUGAGAUUAGCAGCGACAAUGAAUUGACUAAAUCCGAAUUGCCAGCACCCAUCGAAAGUGAAUUUCAAUCAAACACCGUCCACACCGAACAAACAACCGAACGAAAUGGCAAAGAAUCCAAUAUUUUACGAUCUGCAUUACGAGUUGCGGCUCGACAAGGUUUAGAGGCUAUGACCGAACUGUACGAUAAAAAAGAACCAAAUCUUAUAAGAAAAGGUUUUUUUCUACCAAAAAAUCAUCCGGGAGCCAAGUUAUCCGAAUUCAGUUCACCCAUAUCAGAGGAGGCUCAAAAUAGUUCCAAAGCAGCUUUUGCUGCUAUUUUUGCCGCAAAAAAACUCAAACACAAUCUAAAUAUAGACUUUUCGGAGAAAAGCCGUCAGACACCACCGAAAAUUUCGUUGCGUCGGACAUCGUUGGAAUCAUUUUGUUCACCACGAGAACAACCAUUUUGCUCGCCGCUUACACGACGAUAUCGAACACACGAUGGCACAUGUAAUAAUGCAAGGAAAGGACGUUGGGGCGCCGCCAACAUGCCAUUCAAUCGUUUUCAGUCACCCGCCUACGCGGAUGGCAUCGAAGAGUUGCGGCAAUCAACUUUAGGCGGACCAUUGCCAUCGCCAAGAUUCAUCAGUCUCAUGGUGCACGGUUCAAAGGAAAGCGAUUCACCAGUCACAUUGAUGCUAGCACAAUGGGGCCAGUUCGUCGAUCAUGACCUAACUUCUACAUUACAACCGAGAUCAGUAAAUGGUUCUGUUCCACAAUGUUGUGGCGUUAGUGAGCUACAUCCAUCGUGUGCUCCGAUCAGAGUUCCAACCGAUGAUCCAUGGUUAGCUCCAUUUGGGAUUCGUUGCUUGGAAUUUUUGCGAUCAGCACCAGCUCAACGACGUGAUUGUUUGCUGUCAUGGCGUGAACAAACGAACCAAGUCACUUCAUACUUGGACGCCUCCACCAUUUACUCAAGCAGCGAAAGAAGUUCAGAACGAUCGCGUCUAUUUACAAAUGGUUUACUGUUGUAUGGUCGUGGGCCACCGAGAGAUGAUGUUUGCCUACGUGGUGCUUUAGCCAAUCAAUGCAUUCGAGCGGGCGAUUUGCGAAGUGGCGAGCAACCUGGCCUAUUAGCAAUGCAUCAUACAUGGGUGUUGGAGCAUAAUCGAAUCGCAAACAAUUUGGCUGACAUGAAUCUACACUGGAGUGAUGAAAAAAUCUACCAAGAAACUCGACGCAUUAUUGGAGCAAUGGUGCAACAUAUAACAUACCGUGAAUUUUUGCCUUUGGUCUUAGGCCGAGAAGUGUGCAAAUUGUUUGACUUAGAAUUACAAAACACUGGCUAUUACACGCAAUACGAUGUACGCACCAAUCCAACCGUGGCCAACUCAUUUUCAGCAGCUGCAUUCCGUUUCGGCCAUUCACUCAUACAGAACACUUACAUGAGGAGCACACGGAAUCAUGAAUUUUUAGACAAUAAUGUAACAUUACAUGAAGAAAAUUUCAACGGUGACAUUGGUAGCGCUGGAUCUUUGCAUCGAUUGCUCAGGGGAUUAUCCAUUCAACGGGCCCAAAAACGAGACGAAUUUAUUACGGCCGAGCUCACAAAUCAUCUGUUCCAAUCUGGCUCAUUCCCAUUCGGUUUGGAUUUGGCGGCGAUAAACAUUCAACGAGGUAGGGAUCAUGGGCUGCCUGCAUACACUCAGUGGAGGGAACCGUGUGGUUUAACAGCAAUAAUCAAUUGGGACGAUUUAGAGCGAGUUGUCGGGCCAAAAUCCGCGAAUCGCAUGCGUUUAGCGUACAAAAGUAUAGACGAUAUCGAUUUGUUUGUAGGUGGUUUAGCUGAGCGGCCAGUUGUUGGUGGUUUAGUUGGACCUGUAUUUGCUUGCAUUAUUGCGCAGCAAUUUAGCAAUUUGCGUAAAGGUGAUCGUUUUUGGUAUGAAAACGGUGAUAUCGAAUCGUCAUUUACGCCAGCUCAGCUUCAAUCGAUUCGGCAAGUGAAUUUGGCGCAGGUGAUAUGCCGAGCGCUCACCAGUGGAACAUUGCAGCCGCACGUAUUUUUGCCACACACUGUGUCAACGAAUGAACGACAACUGUGUGGCACAGGUAGCUUAACUCCGAUCGAUCUCAAGCCGUGGUUGGAACGAGAUCCAUUCUUAAAAAAUACUCAAAGUGCAAACGAGUCCACGGUGAAGGUAAACAAUGGCCAAGCGAUGAAACCGCCGCACAUUCAAACGAUCAAUGCGAAUGAAAAAAUUAUUAUCAAAUUAGACCUCCCACAAUCACAGGACAAUCCAAUUGACAUACGUAACGAAGACGAACUAUUUAGUGUAAACGGAACCGUUGUCAAUAACAAACUUGACCUAGACACCACUCGAAGCCAUGCCACCGUUCUAAAUCGACUACCAAUCGAUGUGACAAACAAAAUUAACACACGACCAAAGACACAAACAAACAAAAAACCAAAAACGACAAUGACAACAACAACGACCAUCCGAUCACCGACAACAAAACGGACAAAAAAACGAAAUAAUAAAAAUCACAACCGACGCAAACAUAAACGAGACGUGACAAAUGAUGAUACUGUUGUGAAAGCUCGCAGUUCAAUCGUUAUAAAAAUUGACAAACCGACUGAAGACGGUGUGAGUACGCAUAAAACGCCAUUUAAUGGCGCUACUUCAAAUAACAAACGACGCAUUGACAAAGAAGAUUCGCGAAAGGUGCUUGGCAAGGAAUAUGUAAUUGUAACACCCGAUCAAAAUGCCUUUGACAUUGAGAUCAAAAUCAAGCCAAAACCACCGAAAAACGAAAAAAUUAUUGUACCGACAAAUGCAAAUGGCCAAUUGGCUGACGUUCAUGCUACAUAUUACAAUGAUUAUGCGACAGCGACGGCGACGACAACCAAACGUCCUCAUCAAUUCUAUCAAAUUGCACAGCCAUCAUUUUCAGAUGGCGGACAGUACGGUGUCAGUGCACAAGACGAAAUUAUAAAACCACAAAAACCGACCUAUGACGAAACAUACGAAACGAUAUACAACGGACUUAUUGUGAAACGGACUACGACAAAAAUACCAACGACAACGGCAAAGACGACGACAAGACGCCCAUACGUUAUUUACAAUGUGCAACAGAACGAAUACACUCCUGACACAUACUAUACGACCAAAAAACCAUAUUACACGACAAAACGGCCGUUCUUUAGCUACGGCGAGUCGAACAUUCAAAAUGACGAUAAACCAUUCUAUUCAUAUCCGACUGUUCAAAAUACAGACGCCUCCAGUUACUAUUCUUCGAAUAAUGCGAAUAACAAUAAUGAUAAUAAUAAUCAUGAUGAAUUCGUAUCGUCCAUUCAAAAUUCGAAUCCAUACCAAACGAAGCCACAGCACAAUCCACCGUAUCUGAGUCGACCGAGUGCUACAAAACCAUCAUCACUCAAUAAUCAUAAUUACGGACAAUUUGAUGACGACGAUCAUACACACAAUGUACGACCUCAAAAUAAUUAUCAAAGCUCUAACUAUUAUGGGCCAAUUUAUCUAGACGAUUUUUCGACAAAACCACCUGACAAACUCACAACAACAUUUAUCGUUCAUUCGGAUGAUGAAGAGUACUUGGAUACGGGCUACGGUGGCUCAGGUUCAGUAACAACAAGUCGACCACACGAUUUUACGACAUUUUAUACCGUGCAAACAACACGAAAAAAGAAAAAAACCACUAGACCGACAAGAAAACCGAGACCAACACGACCGACACGACCAAUACAACCGGCUUAUGGCCAAAAUGACGAAGACGAUGAAGACGAGGACGAUGAUGACGAUGGCUAUUUCAAUCCAAGUUCAGUUUUCUCGAAUCUUGUGAGCACAUUCAACGGCUACUUUGGAUCGGGAAGCACAACGACACGGAAACCAUAUAUAACGCAACAGGACGAGAAUUUUUAUACAUAUCCAUCGUUACCCACAAAUGAUUUCCCAUACUCACGCCAACCGAGCAAAAAGGGCAAUGAUGAUAAUGAUGAAGAAGAAAUCGAACGAUCAAAACACGCACGUAAAAGACGCAACAGUGACAUUAAUGACGAUUACGAACAAACCACAUAUCCGGCAGCCGUUAAUGUUAACUAUAACGAUGACAUUGCCGAUGACUCAGUGAUUGCGUUUGAUCGCGAUGGCUACCUAAGACCCGAAUACAUGAACUACGAUUCACAUACUAAUGCAAAACUUUACUUUGACGUAAACUCAAAAAUUGACACACGACACUUGCAUACGUCCAAAACACACGAAAUAACCAAUGUAACGAGAUAUCAACCACCAUUCAAUGAUUAUCGUGUACAUUAUUUGCUCAACGGACACUAUGAAAAUGCGAGACAUCACAAACAAAUUACCACACUGACCGACAAUAACCGAAACAGAGGACAAUCCGUUCGCAUCGGAGUUUCAGACAUCAAUCAACCAAUUGGUUUGAUCCCAUUAAAUGUCCUUACCAAACCCGAAAGGCCGGAUAAUUGGGUUAUGUACGAUGCAAUGCACAAAGUGCCGUUGCCACGAAUGCCACAAAUCACAUCCGAAUAUGAGGAGAAUAGCAACGAAAUGCCACGGCCAAUAGCUAUCCAACGAAAUGCGCCAGCUGCCUAAACACACUUCUUAGACAUUAAGCAUUCCUUAUUUUCGAUUGCACUGAUUUAUUUAAUUCUCUUGGUUCUCUCUUGUUUGUCCAUAUUUUUUAUCUCUACUCAUUAAUAAUUCUUUUUUUUUAUCGUUUCUUUUCAUUUUUAAAUAUACCGUUAACAUGCACAAACAUAUUUCUACUAUAUUUUGUUUUGUCAUAUUUUCAAUUAAAUUAUAAUACGUUACAUUUAUUGUAUUUUCCUACAUGAGAAUGUAUUAUUCGUUCUUUAUUGCAUUAAUUUAAAUACACACACAUUAUCCACAUGAAAUGAAAGAGAAAAAGAAGAAGAAGCAGCAGCAGAAGGAAGAGAAGUGGGAAAAACACGGAAACUGCGAUUUAUAAUUACUAUUUAAUUUGUUUUCUUAUCUUUAUUAUUGUCAUUAAUUUAUUGAAUAACUCAAAAUACAUACUUUUUUCAGUUAAAA